UGAGGUGGGGGCUCUGCUGAAAUGCUGCUGUGGGGAGUUUAGCUCAUUCUGAAACAGCUACGCUCGCGCACAAAGGAGCCUGCAAAGUCAAGCAACUUUCUCCGAGCAGGCGUCUUGGAUUUAAUUCUGUUCCCGUGGGAUUUAAUUUAAGGGAACGGCUCCUAACCUUUGCAUUCGGUAAUCAUGAUCUGAAGGUUUUUGCAAGGCUUUCGGAAGUAGCUCAGGCAUUUCCCUUGCACUUUGCCUCGCUUAAGGUUGGAGCGGAAAGCUGCGGGCCAAGGACCAUGUGGUGAAAAGAAGGUUAGAGUCGAGGAAGUGGUUGGACUUAUCUGCUGCUACACGCGCGCCUGACUGGGAGGGGAAAAAUCUGCGCCUCCAAAGGGGGAAAAGAAAAAAGAAAAAGCUCCAACUUGGCGGAAGGCAGGAGGGUGAAUCGAGCGUGCCUCAGCAAGCUUGCUUCGCGAAAAGGCGGCUACUCCUUUCUGGGAUUUUUUUUUUUUUCCUCCCUCAACCCCCUUCCGAAGCCGUUCGCCGCUUAGGAGCGACCCUCUCUCGGGCUGCUGUGGAUGCGGCGUGUGAUGGAAAAGCAGUAAUAGCUCGAAUUUGCGAAACCAGUUCGGCCUCUUCUCCUACCGACUACCGAAGAAACCUCGUUGGGAUUUGCACUUCGGAGAAAAUUGCCCGAGUAACUGGUUGGCAGGGCAGGGGCGCUCAGUGUAAGCAGACACCCCUUUGAAUGUUGGUGUUCAGAAGGCGAGCUGUUUGGGGAGACGAACGAGUUGGGGUGCCUUUCGUUCGAGGACCAGGAUUUUGCGACCGCUCGGCGCGGGUCGAGACAAGGCGAAGGGAAACAAACUUGGCCUCUCGAAUCCGACGACUGCCGGAGAGCAAAGGUUCGGGGGAGCCGAGAAGGUUUCGCCCUCUGGAAUGAGUUUUCCUGCGCUUUAAGACUUCUCGCACGUUGUUGCCUUACGGAUCUAUCUUAGCAGGGAGGUGCCUUCAUGCGGAUUUGCCAUUCAAAAACGAUUUCAGAUGCAUGCCCAGUUCCUGGUGAAUGCCAGAAAUAGAGACCACUACCGAUGGAGUCCACAGGUCAGCAUGGAAACAGCAGUUCGUUAGUUGUCCAUCAGCAGCUUUUCCUGGACAACCAGCAAAGGUUGGACUAUGAAAGAGAUAUUCAGCCAACUGCCAUCUUGUCACUGGACCAGAUCAAGACUCUCAGGGGCAGCAAUGAAUACACUGAAGGUCCUUCUGUGGUGAAAAAGUCUGCUCCCCGGACAGCUCCAAGACAAGAAAAACAUGAAAGGACUCAUGAAAUCUUACCAAUAAAUGUGAAUAAUAAUUAUGAGCCCAGACCCAGCCAUCUUGGACAUGUGCUACAUCAACACAACUCAAGGAUUCCUGUUUUGAGCAGAUCUACAAGCACUGGAAGUGCAGCUAGUUCUGGAAGCAACAGCAGUGCUUCUUCAGAGCAGGGCCUUUUAUUAAGAUCACCACCAUCAAGGCUGGGCCCAAGUCAGAGAUUUGAAAGGCCAAUCAGGACGCAACCCAAACCGUCAUCUUUGAUUGUAGAUGACUUGAAGAGUCCUUUGAAAGAGGAUUCUACUCAACAUAAGUUCAUAUGUGAACAGUGCGGGAAAUGCAAAUGUGGAGAAUGCACAGCACCCAGGGCCUUGCCUUCUUGUUUGGCCUGCAACAGACAAUGCUUGUGCUCAGCAGAAAGCAUGGUAGAAUAUAGCACCUGUAUGUGUCUGGUCAAAGGAAUCUUCUACCACUGUUCCAAUGAUGAUGAAGGGGACUCAUAUGCGGAUAAUCCAUGCUCAUGUUCCCAGUCACAUUUCUGGUCCCGGUACCUAUGCAUGGGGGCCAUGGCUUUGUUUCUUCCGUGCCUGCUCUGUUACCCUCCUGCAAAAGGAUGCCUAAAACUGUGCCGCGGGUGUUAUGAUUGGAUGAAUCGUCCAGGAUGCCGAUGCAAAAACUCCAAUACAGUUUAUUGUAAGCUGGAAAGUUGUCCAUCAAGGGGUCAAGGCAAGCCCUCCUGAUUUCUGGAGGGAAAGAUUCAGUUCCUCAGACACCAUCUUUCAGAUUGUGGCUGACUUUUCUGUGUCCAUGCUCCUUUUUUUCUUUCAUGCCCAAGAUCUUCUCUCACUUCUAUAGCUUAUCUCAAUGAAGGGCAAAUCUGAAUGCAUUGGUCUUUGGUAAGUGUGGCUCAUAAGCUGGUAUCUUUUUUCAUCUUGGAAAGUCAUCUCAGGAUUCUGAGUAAUAGACUCCUGAAAGAAAUAGUGAGGGUACUGGGUUUUCUGAAGUCCUUUAUUCUGCAAAUAACUUUCCAAAGAUGCUGUUUUGUUCUGUUCUCUUUUUAACUAACUUUAAUGGCUUUCAAGUGGUUUUUUUUUUUCAACUCUUUCCAUUCCCCUUUUUUAAAAAGGCUGCACAAUUCAGUUAUUUCCCUUAAACAAAGAGAAAACAAAAGGAAAAUAUGGGUUGAAAUUUAGCAAACCUAGUCUCCCCCCCCCUCCCAUUUUUUAAAAUUAACCACUUGCAUUUUGCUUGUUCCUUGCCCACUAUUUUGUCAAUCCAGAUUUUAAAUAUUUACCUUCAUUGCUCCCAUUACUGGUUUCUUCAUAAGCUUCUAUUGUUUUCAGAUAUAUAGUUCGCUCUUCAUAUAAUACAAUUUAAGUUGUAUAAGUCUUUGAUUUCUUAACACUUCUAUUUCUGUGGUUUAAAAUUUUAACUCAUCCUCAGCUCAGUAACUUUCCUCCUUUUGUUGCCUUAGCCACAUAUUGUGGUGCUUUUUGUAUAUUUUAUGUAAAAUCACAAAGUUGAAUUCUGACUAUUUUUAAGACAAAGGUCUGUUAAAACUUUUUUAUUGUAAAGAAUAUUUAUUAUGUAAAUCUCUAUUAUUUUAUGAUAUUUAUUAUAAAAAUAACUGUUCCAAAAAUGUAUUCCUGUCUGAAUAUUACAAAAUAUCAUCAUUUAAUGAAAAUAAGGGUGACACAAGGAAAGUAUGUAUGUUAAACUAUAAUGCAGAAAAUAUAAUAAUUAAUUAAAAUGUCUUGGGUUCUUUAUUUGUUAGUAAAACUGUUGUUCUUAGCAGUAUUAGAAGAAAGACUAUACAGUCCUUUACCACUUUUCUUGGAGAUAAGCCACUGUACUCAGUGGGACUUCACUUUUGAAUAGGCUUGUAUAGAAUUACACUGUUAGACCACUGCCACUUAUUUCUUUUCUGAAGUUUUCAUGACUCUGAAAUCACUUUUUAAAAAUAAUAAUAAUAAUAAUAAUAAUAAUUGGAUUUUUGCUCUGAAGUGUUUUUCAGCAUUGGUGUAUCUUGCUCAUUUGAAAACAUUCACACCCCAAGCUAUAUUUGUGCAACUAUAGAGUUUUUUCAUAGACUAUACAUUGAUUUUCAUUAUUUUUUGUUUUUAAGAAGAUACUUUUUCUAAGGUGUGAAAAUGAGAUACCAAACAUUAAAGUUUGCGAAAGAAAAAUGAGAAUUCCUAAACACCUCAUUUUUCAUAUUAUGUUCAUGGUUUUUCUUCAAAAGAUUAAUUCUGUUUCCAGAAUUCAGAAUAAUGAUUCUUGUGGACCUAUUUGGUGCCUACUAUAUUAAUAAAAUAUAUGUAAUUGAAUUGAUACCAUUGAACCUGUUAGCUGAUGUUCUCCACACUGAUUAUCUUGCAUCUAAGCUCCUUACAAGGCAUUUUAAAAAUAGCAUUACCCAUAGUGAAAGUGCUUGCUUUCUCUAAAAUAACCAAGCAUGCAUGUCCAUAUUUAGAAAUCUUGUGUGUUGUUUAACUACACUAUGUGCGGUAUAAUUCAACCAGCUUAAUAAAACACAUUUAUUUUAAAACUUCUAAAUAAUAAAAAGGCAAUACUAUAGUGAGCUUUGAAGCUUUCAGGUGAAUCUAGUUUUUAACUUGGCUCAUUAUGGUUCUCUUCUAGCUUCCUAAUGAUUACAUAAAAGAUUUAAUAAGAAUUAGUGUAACCAUUUCUCUCUUAGUGGUAUUCUUGAACCCUUUGUCACAACUAUGCAUAAGGACAUAGCAUUCACUUGUAUCUGGGAGUAGUGAUACCUGACAUGUUUAUAUAAACUGUCUUCAUUACUGUGCAUUUUUCAUGGAAAUACGUUUCUGCACAAUAGUUCCUUUUUGGUUUGUGUCAAUAACUACAUUGUUGAUCAUGCUCUCUUCAUGUUGAAGAUCUGAGUAAGUUCAGCUCUUGUGAUAGAAGCAAAAUAGGCUCAUGCAGUGUUUUUCUUUUCAUUGAAUUAUUAAAAACAUUUAUGGAAAAACACUCACUGUAUGUUAAUCACUCAACAUCUAAAGCCUUCCCUUUUGUAAAAGGAAAAGUCAGUUUAUUGAGUACUGACAUUUUAUCAUUUGAUUUCCCUCUAUCUUCAUAUCUCACACUAGCACUUUAACAAAGGCAAACUCAAAGUCAAGAUCAAUCCAUGAUGAACUCCUCUGGAUGUGUUUCUGUUUGCAGAAGAAGGAGUGAAGA